CUGAUUCAAACAGAACAGCAUCAGGAGUUGGGCGCAUCAGGGCAACUGAUAGGGCUGACCGAACCCUGUCACGCAGCCGGCAACGGCUUAAGCGCAGCAACCUCCAACAACAGGUCUAUUUUGCUUUGAUCUUGACGUGUAUCUUGACUGGCUGCGUGUUGUUUUGCCUUUUGGCGAGAAACUGCUGAGCCCCAGCGAGAAGCUUUGCUGAGGACUUGACUGGUGCAGCUUCUUCAUGGCCAAAAAAUCUUCACACCGUUGAUUCAGGGUCGUCCGUCGACCAGCGACGACCCGCUGCUUCCGACCAUUUUGGGGCACCAAGUUCAGGCCAAGACUGCAUCAGUAUGGCAGAUGACGAGUGGUCAGAACCACUUGUGGUGGACCGUGCGACAGGGCAAGCGCUUUGGCCCGACCUGCGUGGACGGCGACCCAAUGCAGCGCCCGGUCAAGACUCAGCGGGAGGGGGGGCCAGCUACAUCAUGAUGCAGUCGUAUACGUCUGCACAACCGCCUGCAGAAGCGGGGUACGCUCAGGCGCCUGCAAGCCAGCUUCACCGCGACGUCUCCAACGACCAAAGACUCCGCCGCACCGUGUCCGCGUGCGCGAGGGCCGACCCAGCGGUGGUUACAGACUUAAGAGCUGGCUUUAAUGUUGGUUUGGGGAUGAUGGACCGGCCGCGCAGCGAGGCGCUUCCUCCGGAACUACAGCUGGGGCUCGGCCCCACGGGCGCAACGGGCGCGCAUGCCGGCAGCGCGGCGCCGGCCGGCUUUUCGUCGGCCAGCGGCCACAUGACCAUGGGGCCCGGGCAGCCGUCAGCCUAUGCCGCACACGUGGAGGCUGGGGGUGCUGACUGGCCCAGCGAGGGCUCACAGGCACAGCGCCUGCGUGCGCACCACUACAACAUGUACUUGGGCUAUGAGGCCACUGGGUCAGCCACACCACUACACGGCGGCAGCGGGGGGGGCCUGGCCGGCAUGGAUACGGCCUCAACUCCACCGCCGUACGGCGGGGCUGCCGGCGACCAGUCCAUGGCACCAUCUGGGGCCGCAGCAAACACCGCGUCACCAGGUCCUGCAUCGGCGGAUGCAGCCAGGCACGCGGAAGCGGACGCGUUCCACAACGCGUUUGGGGCCCGGCUGCCGCGUCUAGCUGUGAUCCAUGCGGCGGGAGGCUCUUUCGGCGGCGGUGCGGGCAGCAGCGGCGGGGCGUACGCCGCGAACGACUGGGGCUCGGGCUCCCCUCUGCGGCGGGUCUGGGCUAGCUCGUUGCACGAAGCGGGCGGUAGCACCGGCGGCACGGGCCGUCCCAGUGCGGGCCCCAACUCGCCAAGCGCCCGCGCUGCGGGCAGCCCCAUCGCGGUGCGCGGCACGCCCACCAAGCACGUGGCGGGUUCGCAGGGCGGCUCCAUUCUGUCGCCGCGCGGUGGACCGCUCAGUGCGGGGUCGCCUGGCUUCGCGGCCGCCUCCGCCCAGCUAGCGCACCUUGGGCUGGGCAGCGGACCAGGCAGCGGCAGCGCGGGGGCAUCGCGGCACCUGCGCAGCAGCAGCGGUGGCGGCGGCUUGGGGGGCAUUGCGGCGGCUUGCCUGUCGCCGCAGUUUGGGGCCACGGCGUCCGCGGGCGGCGGUGGCAACGCCUCGUCGACCUCUUCCGAGCAGCGGCGGCUGGCGCUGUCCUCUGUCAGCAACCUGGCGCAGCUGAGGGAGACGGUGGCUGCGGACGGCGCACUGCCGCCUCGUGAGAAGCAGAAUCUACUGCAACUUAUCGAGGGCGCGAUGGCCGAACAACAACAGAGCCAGCAGCUGCUGCAGACGCGCGAUGCCGCCGGCUCGUCUGCUAGCGGCAGCGGUGAAGCCCCAUACUCCAACCAAGGAGCGGGAAUGACUCUACAGCAGCUGCAGAUGCUGACGCAAGCACAGCCACGGUCGCAAUCCACUCCCUCUGGUCCGAUGUCGGCGCCUUACGGGCUGGCGCGGCCGCAGCAGCAGCCCUCUCCGCCGCCGCGGCCGGCCGGGCCGCACCGGCUGUCCCUGGACGCAGCCUCCCGAGCCGCUGCGGUGACCACAGCCGCGACCGCAACUGGCCGCUUGCAAUCCAUGCCGACGCCAUUCGGCGGCGCCACCUCCGUCGCAGCUACGGCAGCUUCCGCCGGCGUGGGCGUUGCGCCGGGCGGUAGCCAACCCAGUGAUCCGGGGCUGUGCGGGAUAUCUGGCUCGGGGGCUCUUUCCGUAUCCUCUGGCUCCGUGCCUGCCUCCGGCCCCAUGUCAGGGGGACCCCCGGCGCCGGGCGGGGUGGCCGGGGCGCCUGCUGGCUUCGGCCGUCAGAGCUUUGGCAUGGACACGUCCAGAUCUCAGGCCGCGUCUUUGAGCCUGCCGGAGUCAAUGGGGAGCAUGGGGCGCGGCGCCGGCGGCAUCCUGUCGGGAGGUGGCGGCUACGGCGCUGCCAUGCACGGAGUCGGCCUGGCUAGCAGCAUCUCCGCUGCCUCGGGCUCACGGCUCCGGCGCUGCUCGGGCGGCCUGUCGCCGCCACCGCAUACCGCCUUCACCGAGAUUCCGGGCCUGAGCGGCGGCCACGUGCACGGACAUCAACAGCUCCAUCAGCAGCAGUACCACCUGCAGCAGCAGCAGCAGCAGCAGCAGCAGCACGCCAAGACUGAGGACCCGCAGCAGCAACAUGCCAAGCAAGAGGACCAGCAGCAGCUGCUGCGCGAAGUGUACACCGCGUUUGCAGGAGACGCAGCCCAACGCGAAGAGCACCAGCAGCACCAGCAGCCUUACCCAAUGCGAACGUCUGCCGGCGGCGGCGACGGCAGCGGCACGGGCCUGAUCAUGCCGUCGCGACUGGACAGCAACCAGUCGUCGCGGUCCCUGCUGACACCCGGCGGCAACCGCGUGGCCACUAGCGGCGGCAGUGGCAGUGGCAGCGGCAGCGGAGGCGCCAGCUCGGGCGGCGCCGCACCGCAUGGCAUGGAGGGUGUGCUGCACCACGGCGUUUGUGGGGGCGACGGCGUUACCGCUGCCGUUGGUGCUGACACGGCAGCGGGUGCCGGCAAUGCCGCGGGCAGGGCCACCAGCGGCAGCCGCAGCGGCAGCGAGGGGCCGCGCGCACCGCGCCCCUCUCGGGCCGCGGGCAGCGAGGGCGGCAGCCAAAUCAGCAGCGCGACCGGCUGCAGCGGAGAGCCUGCAAGCGUGGCGGGCGUGGUGGGGGCGAUGCAUGUGCAGCCGGGGCCGCCGCCCUCCUCGGCUGCUGCCACGCCUGAGGGGCCCAGAUCUGCAGCGGGUGAGAGUAUGCUGCCUCACAGCGCGCAGAACCCUGCAACGGCGCCCUGGCCGGAAACCGCGGCCAUGGGCCCCGCAGCUGUUGGACGUCCGCAGCAGCUGGCCAUGGACGCCGACCACAUGGCAGCGCUGCCGCGAAGCCACUCUCCCCGGGCGCUUCCGUCGCCGUCAUGGCAGGCAGCACCUCCACCGCGCCCCGCGUCGGCGAUCGCGAGCCGAGCCUCUUACAACGACCUCCCAAGGCUGCUGCCGCAGCAGCAGCAAGAAUUGCAGCCGCAGCAACAACAGCAGCAGCAAGAACUGCAGCCGCAGCAACAGCAGCAAGCGCUGCAGCCGGGGGCGGCGGCAGUUUUGCAUGGCGUAUCUGUAUCGCCACUGGCCCGCCAGAUGCUGGCGAUGCCGUUCGACGUCAGCGGCCGCAGCGGCCAGGCAAAUAGCACCGGGAGCGGCGGUGGCGGUGCCGGUGCCGGCGGUGGCGGUGGCAGUGCCGUCACAGGUCUUUUGCCGAUGGAUGUGCGCGCUCGCAUGCUGGCUGGCGCCUCCAUGCCGGCACUCUUGCCCUCUUACCAACAGCAACAACAUCAGUCGCGGCUGCAGCCGCGCCCGCCUCCCAACUUCGCAUCCGGUUCAUCUGGCUGGGUGCCUGAGCUGCACGGCGGCGAUGCGGCGGCGCCUGCACACGCCGACACCAGCACUUGGGCUGCGCGGAACGACUCGGUCGCCGAGUUCCCAUCCCUAUCUCAUCCGCCAACUAAUGGCAGCGGUGGGGGCUUGGGCGGCCGCGGCGGUGGGCCGGACGUGCCGCAGCUGCUUGACAGCCCUCAGCACCGGCACCUGCAGCAGCAGCUACAGCAGUCCCGCUUUCACCGCUCCCACCAGCAGCUGCUGGUGAGCUCUGGUCCCGCCAGCAGCACCGGCGAGUUGACGGCUGCAGCAGCUGCACAGCCGGCCUGGCAUCACAUGGAUGCGCGUGCCCACGCGCCGUACGUGGACGAUGCCGGCGGCUCUUCGCUGUCUUCCCGGUCACGCCCAGCGAGCUCGACCUUUGGAGGAGCGGGCGGGGGCCUGCCUGGCACUGGCUUCGCCGCCAAUGUGCGUGCCGGCGCUCCUCCCGGCUACAACACGGAGCCAGGCUUCCCGCAGUCGCCGCUGCCACACCAUCCUGCCUCCACUCCGCAAAGCGGGUUCGGGUUCAGCAGCCCACACUCGCGACCGCAGCAGCAACAACAACAAGAACAACAACAUCAGCAACAGCGCCCGAGCGGGUACAGCACACCUACCAUGCAGGCCGCCACGGCCCAGCAGGGCAGCCUGCAGCAGCCCGGCGCCACCGCGGCUGCAGCCUUCGGCUCUCCAGGCGUUUUUACGGGGCAGCAACAACAGCCGCAGGAGCGGCAAUGGCAGGUACCGCGCGAGAUGCAGCGUGCGGCAGCCGCAGCUGCAGCGGCGGCGGCGCAGGCGCGAGCUCAGGCGCUGGCGCAGGUCGCGCACGGGUUCACGGGGGCCCGGCUGUCAGGCAGCGUCGCGGACCUGGGCCCCGCGCCGCCGCCGCUGCAGGCGUUUGAGGAGGCGAUGGCAUCAGAGCCGGGCAGGGCGCCAGUAGCUGGUAGGGGAGGCACAGCGGCGGUGGCGGGGGUGGCCGGUGCUGAUCAGGACGGCGAUCUGCUGAUGCUGGGCGGACUGGGCGUUGCCGGCGGGGACGACGGCCACACCGGACUCCUGCGGGACAUGUGGAACACGACCGGCGGCGCCGCAGCUCCCAUUGCGGCUCCUGGUGGUGUCGGCUCCUCGGCCGCUGCUGCUGGUGGCGGUCCGCCGCGAGCCGCCUCGGGCGAUGGCGCUCUGCUGUCGCCGCUGCCGCCCAUGCUGGAGGACGGCGACGUGGACGCGCUGGACUGCAUGCUGGAUGAGCUGCUGGGGGUGGGCGACAUGGGGGACGUGGUGGGGCCGGGGUCGGGCGGGGACGGCGACGAGGACAUGGACAACCUGCACCUGCACUUCAGCGCACUGCAGGAUGGCAGCGGAGGCCGCAGGGCGGCAGUCCGCCGGGGCAGCAGCGGCGGGCGCCGAGCGGGCGAGGGCGCCGCAGGCGCCGCCGGGCCUGCAGGCGCGGACCCGGUUGUGCAGCAGCAGUCGCAGCUGAGGGCGGGAGGCCCAGCGGCCGGGGCGGAGGCUGGGGCCGGUGGGCUAGGCGGUCUGGGCGGCAGCUUCGGUCAUCUGGCGGCGCGCGGCAGCAGCGAAAUGAUGGGUGUGGUGGAGCUGGGGGCGGACGGAGGCGGCGGCAGCGAGGUCGAUAUCCUGGCGCUGGGGCUGGGGGACGGCACCGACACGGACAUGGGCUUCAUGUCGGGCUUCUGAACAUACAUCCUUGUGUUUGAGAUUUACAAAGGGAGCGGGUCGACACCGUGCUUUCUUAUUUGUAUCUUCAGCGGGGACGCAAGGUGACUAGAGCUGGACGCAGCCAUGGGUACUUUGGCAGAGCGAGCGCUUUGCGGCAGGCGCGGUGUGAUUCUUUGUUAUGAGUGCUGUGUGUGAAGUGACAAUGCGUACAGGGGAUUCUAACUGGGGUAGAACGGCUGAGGCGGGUUCACUUGUACAUACCGUACCACGGCGUGAUAGUGGGGCUGGCCUGGUAUAGUGGACAGGUGGCUGGUCAGAACUAGCGCGCAUUUUGCAAGAGCACAUACGAUUGAUUGUUCUGCACCGGUUAGUCGCCUUGGCGACAUAGUUCAGGGCCGAAGGGCACGAGGCUGAUUGUGGCCGCACUGACCACUGACCAUCGACAGUGACAGACAAGACUUGAAUCGCUGACUUCGUUGAAGACUAUCGUACGACAAGAGUGGCUAUGCGCUGGGCAAGCAGGAGUCAGGGUGAGGACGGUGGGCGUGUGGGACAAAUGCAAGCUGUGCGUGGGCUCGGAUGGUGGCGGAUACUACCACAUGCCAUGUCGUUACCAGUACUUCACCAGCAGAUGCUGUACAAGCCAAACAGGCGCAUGUUACCAUAUGCAGUGCCGCGGCCCGAGGUAGGCAAGGCCUGGGGUGCACAGGGAAGCGCUGCUGACAUUUCUUUUGGUUGUGCUUGUGGUCUUUAGGAUUUUGAUGCAUGCGUUUAUGUAAAUGUAAUAGGAGCACAACGAACUGUACUUGUGCGUUUGGUGACUGGGACGGUCGGUGUGAGGGCCGGUGCGUGGCAGUAGUGCUCGACAAACUAGGUCCCCGGGUUGUGUGCUGUGCGGGUACUUCGUAUUUCAGGCUUGGCUAGGUAGGUUCCGGCCUACGGAAGGUGCAGUUGUAGCGUGCAGUGGCAUGGAGCAGGUGAGCGCGGAAUGCAGCAGGAGGGUGCGCACUAUUCGCGACGGCUGUCUUGUGACAUGUUGCGGAGAAGAUUGCGCGGUGGUUGGGGCAAGUUGCUGUAUCAAUCAGGAGAUGUUUGUCUUUGGUUUGUCUGUGUAAACAUGGGAACUG